AAAAACCCAGAAAAACCCUGAUUUUUUCAAAAAAAAAAUUAAAGAAAGAGAAACUCUGAAAAUGUUAACCAAAGGCAAACCCUAAUUUUCUCUCUCCUAGUCUCUCUUCACUACAAAUCGCAGUUGUGCAGAGUUAGUGUUGUUUACAGAAGAAAGAAAAAUAUCGAAAAGGACGAUGGCAGCUUCUCUGGCAUCGAAGUUAUCUCGUGGGGGGCGAUCACUACUCGGUGGUCUUGCCAAUGGUGGAGGCUCUGGUUUACUGAGAUCUACAUGUGAGAUCACAAACAACCAUCUCUAUACCCAGCAGCAAAGGACUUUCAUACAGAUGAGGACAAAGCUGACUGUGGUUGAUAACUCUGGAGCUAAGCAGGUAAUGUGCAUACAAGCUCUUAAGGGAAGGAAAGGAGCAAGGUUGGGAGAUACUAUAGUGGCUUCUGUGAAGGAAGCUCGCCCUGGAGGAAAAGUGAAGAAAGGGGAUGUUGUGCGCGCUGUUGUUGUGCGAGCUGCUAUGCAACGGGGCCGUUGUGAUGGAAGUGAGGUGAAAUUUGAUGAUAAUGCCGUAGUGAUUCUAAACAAGCAAGGUGAGCCAGUUGGUACCCGAGUUUUUGGCCCAGUACCACAUGAGCUGCGCAAGAAAAAGCAUCUCAAGAUUCUUACAAUGGCCGAACACCUUGCAUGAUCAUGUUGUGAUCUCGUCUCUAUUUUCAAGGUGAUUGUUCACUCUUUUUGACAAUUAUAGUAGGAGUAUUACUAUUUUGUUUGGUUUGGUAACUCAUCAUAAGGUUUCCCUUUGUAAAAUCACUAUCACUUGGAGUGUGAGGCAGUGGCAACAUUUCUGGUCUGAACAUGUUGAUUUUUUGCAUCAUCUUGGAGUUACCCUGUUGUAAUGGUGAACACAAAUCAUAUACAAAAAUGUGGGAUGGAAAGAUCUUGAUUCAUGAAA